UCAGAGCCUUCCUGAUGUAUAUAUGCAGGUAGUGAGAUUUGAAAGAGCCCUUUGAGACGGUAAUAUAAUAAAACUCUGAUUUGAAGAGUAGCAGUUUUCCUCAUUUUUCUGCUCUCUUUUGGGGAUGAGUUGCCAACCUUUUACUUCGGCUGAUACCUUUAUACCUCUGAAUUCUGAGUCUUCUGCAACUCUGCCUCUGAUAAUGCAUCACAGUGCUGCUGAGUGCCUACCAGUCUCCAACCAUGCCUCCAAUGUGAUGUCUACAGUCCCGUCUAUUUUGUCUUUGACCCAAACUUCUAAAUGUUUGUAUACGUAUUUCUCCGUGACAAUGUUGGGAAACACAGCAACUGGACUUCAUUACUCUGUUCCUUCCUGUCAUUAUGGAAACCAGCCAUCAACCUAUGGAGUGAUGGCAGGUAGCUUAACCCCUUGUCUUUAUAAGUUUCCUGACCACACCUUGAGUCAUGGCUUUCCCCCCAUGCACCAGCCUCUUCUGGCAGAGGACCCCACAGCAGCUGAUUUGAAGCAGGAACUCAGGCGGAAAAGUAAAUUGGUUGAAGAGCCAAUAGACAUGGAUUCUCCAGAAAUUCGAGAACUUGAAAAGUUUGCCAAUGAAUUUAAAGUGAGAAGAAUUAAGUUAGGAUACACCCAAACAAAUGUUGGGGAAGCCCUGGCAGCUGUGCAUGGCUCUGAAUUCAGUCAAACAACUAUCUGCCGAUUUGAAAACCUGCAACUCAGUUUUAAAAACGCAUGCAAACUAAAAGCAAUACUAUCCAAAUGGCUGGAGGAAGCUGAGCAAGUAGGAGCUUUAUACAAUGAAAAAGCAGGAGUAAAUGAAAGGAAAAGGAAACGGAGAACAACUAUAAGUAUUGCUGCUAAAGAUGCUCUGGAGAGACACUUUGGAGAACAGAAUAAACCUUCCUCUCAAGAGAUUUUGCGGAUGGCUGAAGAAUUGAAUCUUGAGAAAGAAGUAGUAAGAGUUUGGUUUUGCAACCGAAGGCAGAGAGAAAAACGAGUGAAAACAAGUCUGAAUCAGAGUUUAUUUACUAUUUCCAAGGAAAAUCUUGAAUGCAGAUAAGAUUUCUUAUUGUGUAAUUGCAAAAAUUUCUAUUUUUUGUUCCUUUCUCUUCUUUAACAAAAAUAAAAAUUAGUUAUUUGUUUGGCUUCAAAAUUAUAUCAAUAAUGUUUGCAGAAGCUUUUCUUUUUGAUGUUCUAAGAUAUAAAAUUUAAGUUAUAUUGAUAAAUUAUUCUCUUUAAAAUAAUUAUUCUCAGAAGCCACAUUGUACAUUUUAACACAAAGAUAUAAUAGGAAUAAAACAAUGAUUCUCUUUC